AUGAGGAUGUCCUUGGGUUGCAAGCAAUACCUUAUAAAUGCAUCUAUGCGAAUGGCACAGCACAGGACCCCUGACCUGUUGGUUGAUCUACUAACUGAGGAGCCCCCGCCAUAUCCGCCACCACCACCACCACCAGAGGCAGAAGUGGACUCCGCCGCCUUGGAAGAGGCCGCCCCGGCUCCUGACCCUUCACCAAUGGCUUAUCGACUAAGUUCAUAUUGGCCAUUCUCAGCAUCGGAACUCUAUAACUGGAAAAAUAAUAAUCCUUCUUUUUCUGCAGACCCCGUGAGGCUGACAUCUCUCAUAGAGUCGGUCCUCACGACUCACCAACCCACCUGGGAUGAUUGUCAGCAGCUGUUGCAGGUCCUCUUAACCUCGAAGGAGAAACAGCACGUGCUACUAGAAGCACGAAAGAAUGUCCCAGGAGUCAACGGGCAGCCCAUCAAGCUGCCCAAUGAAAUUGAUGCGGCUUGCCCUCUUGAAAGACCUGAAUGGGAUUUUACCACCAAAGCAGGUAGGACCCAUCUGCGUCUCUAUCACCAGUUGCUUUUGCUUGUAGCGGGUCUCCGGGGGACAGGACGCCGACCCACUAAUUUGGCCCAGGUGAAGCAGAUAAUACAGGGUGGGGAGGAAUCACCUGCCGCUUUUCUAGAAAGAUUAAAAGAAGCGUACAGGAUGUAUACUCCCUAUAAUCCGGAAGAUCCAGGUCAGGCCACCAACGUUUCUAUGUCCUUUAUUUGGCAAUCAGCCCCGGACAUGAGAAACAAGCUUCAGAGGCUAGAAAAUUUACAGGGAUAUACACUCCAAGAUUUGUUGAAGGAAGCAGAACGUAUUUUUAAUAAGAGGGAAACACAGACAGAAAGAGAAGAACGCUGGAGGAAGGAAACCCAGGAGAGAGAGGAAAGACUAAGACACGAGGCAGAUGAAAAAGAGGUUGCAAGAGACCAUAAGCGGAAUAAAGAAAUGAGUAGGCUAUUGGCCACAGUAGUGACAGGACAGAGACAGAAUAGGCAGAGGGAUGACAGAAGGGGGCCCCACCUGGACAGGGAUAAAUGUGCUUAUAGCAAAGAAAAAGGACAUUGGGCAAGAGAAUGCCCAAAGAACCCCCGGGCCAAGCCUCCACGGCCAAGGACCUCUGACCUCCUGAACCUAGACGAUUAG